AUGUCCUUCAAAAGCGCUUCAAAAGCCGCAAAAACCAAGUCAAUACCUGUGACGGUCCAGAAUACGAUCUUGAUUUGCGAUUAUAUAAAUAACCUAGGGAUGUCACCAAAGGAAUUCAUGGUGACUUUCCUGUCCUCUACUGAGGAGGAAAUGGUCAGCCGCCGACGUCUCAGCAAGGUUGGUUUAGGAGGACGGCAGACUCGAUCGAUUUUUAAAAAUCUGGGCCGACUGACCACGCCAUCCAAUGCAGGCCGAGACUUAUGGUACAAAUUGAUUUUAGAGGAGGCAUCCCAAAUUGUGAUCGAACAGGAGGUAACACGCGGCGAGUUCCCGGCUGGAGGUUAUGUCAGCUCCAGUGCCAUCACGCCCGACUUUUUCAGCGUGGCCGCAGAACAACGAAGAAAUGAGCUAGUUCGAAGUGGAAUGCACUUUUUACACACCUUGAUUCACCGCAAGAUCGCCCACAGCUUGCCAAAGAAAUCGACAAACCCCAAAGAAGAUGAUGUUGACAUGUGGCCAUCGCAACCGUCGCCAACUGCGGCAUUAUCUGAAGAGCGUUCAACUGGCGAGUCUCGAAUCGAUGGGGCUAUGGAUGAGGCCACCGUCAUGUCGAUGGAGAACCUAGUUUAUGUGAAGACCACUCCAAGAAGUCAAGCCGUUCAUAGGCUUGAAAAGGUGCCCACUGCGGUAUGUGCCAUGAUUGCGGUCACUUGCAAUCGACACAGCAACGCGAUCCCCGUUGCGAAUGGCCUCAUGGCGGUAGCCGGUGGGGUUUCCUGUCGAGUCCACGAAUGGCUUCACGCGUUGGGACUGAUGAGCUCGAGAUCGGUCAUCUUACUUGCAAUUGAUCACUUCCGAAUUCUACAAGAAAAAAGAAUGAUUGAUCUGUUCAAAAUUAAUCAUAAGCUCAUGCCGUUCCUCUUUCAACCAGCGCUGUUGGCUGAAUGCUCCAAAGAGGAAGUUGGACUCCCGGUGUUUCUGGAAGCAAUGGCAGCAGCGGACCGAGCUCCCGUGCACAUUGACUUAUUUGCUCCGGCCCCCGCGGAAAGCAAACACUGGCAGUUAGUUAUCAAAUCCCAACUGGCCAAGGCGCUUAUUGAUUAUAUAGAUCACAUACCCGGGGCUCCGGACGCCACCCACUUGCCUCCACUAAGUCUGAAACCUCCUUCAAUUGACCAGAUUCCUAUGCAUACACCGAAUAUACACUUCCUACGAAUGAUGGACGCACCGGACUCGUCAGCCGAUGGUGUGUCACGUGUGAUUGAGCAGAUUCUGGGGCAGAUAGGUAUGGAUGCUGAGGCUUACGCGGAACAUCUCCUGGUGGCCGGGGGUGAUGUGGGAUCAAAUCAGCUGGUUGAAAGUCUCAGGAUGAAGCGAUUUCCACCAAUUGAAUCUGUCAAAGGUUACGAGUCCAUUCUCUCAAUAUUUGGAGGCGCUCAUACGACCUGGAACUUUGCAAAGGCACUAUGGACCCUGCAUUGGGGCCACUCUGAUAAAAGCGAAGAUACCGGGGUAUGGCGAACCGCGUUUGCUUUAGGUUUGGAAUACAAGAAGCCAGCGGGCUCCCAAGAUUUCAACACAAUAAUGCGGUCAAUCCAUAUUGUGCAUAACGCUAACCUAGUGUUUGUUCUCAGAAUGCCAAGGACUGACAUUAAUGUUCUCCUUAAUGUUCUCCUUACUUUUAGAGAAGUUAUAAAGCGCCUUGACGGCAUAGAUUUGACCAACCCAGCGGACUGUGAUAAGGGCCGCGGGACAGACAUUGACCGCCUGACUUAUACUCUUUCAAACAACAUUCAAAUGUUACGAAGACUGAUGCAGCUCAUACUGUCCGAAGCUGGCCGAAAGAUCAUAUACCAGGCCAAUUUAAACGGUAUCACCCCAGCGUCAAUGGAAACAUUCCUGACAUACGCCGCAGAAAGCUUACGCGCCGACGUGGCUGCUCGACCUCCGCCCCAGGUGGCUAACAUUUGGCGAAAGGGUGUGCGCAACAUGGUCAAAUUGAUUUUGGCUGACCGAGCUGCGGGUCGGUCUUCUCGCUUUCGAUGGGGUUCUGCCGAUGUGUUGUCAUCGUGGGUAAAUGAAGAGAGUCCAAUUGUAGAUUGA